UCCCUUUUAACUCGUACAGUAAUGGCGACUUUCUCGUGACAAAUUCCUGCACGUUUAUGCGUAUGACGUAUUAAACGUGCGACUGACUUACUCACAUGUGAGCAAUAGUCAUCAUGGCAGUAGUGCGUUCAAAAGGAGACUGGUUUGUUUCAAGCUGUUCUAGUACUUUAAUUGCAAUAAAUCUUAAAAAGACAAGGGAUUUGUUUAUGUUUGACUGUGCAAAAGCAGAGAAAAGACCAGAGGAAGCUGAUGGCGAUGAGAAAAGUGGAGGAGGAUCAGAGAAGGACAGUGAUAAGAUUCUUGCAUUUUCUGUCUCAGCAUCCGGCAAAUAUGUAGCACUCACAGAUGACCACAAACGUCUUGUUCUUUUCUCUACUGAGCCAUCGUGGCAGUGCAUUAGCACACGGUGGGUUAUGCGGAGAUGCACAUCUGUUGUAUUUACUCAGACUGAAGAUGAAAUCUAUGUGGCUGAUAAGUCUGGUGAUGUGUAUUCAUUCUCCAUUCUGGAGCCACAAAAACCAGGAGAGCUACAUCUGGGACAUGUCUCUAUGUUAUUGGCUGUGUGCGCAACAUUAUCAAGAAGUUUGCAACCCAUGGCACUGUAGCUAAUCUCCCUGGACGUGGACGGAAGAGAAAAAUUGAUGAAAGGUUGCAACGCAGGAUAGUCCGGAUGGUGGAUAAGCAGCCCCAAACAAGUUCCAAAGAAAUUCAAGCUGUCCUGCAGGCUCAGGGUGUCAUGGCUCUGCUUCCUUAGUCAUGUUUUUCUUGGUCCUGUAGCAGAGCCAUGACAAGGUCUUUGGUUAUGUGUGGAGAGAAACUUAUUAUUGUCCUUUUGACAAUAAUAUACGUUCUCUCCAGUGUCUUGUCAUUGGCCCCGCUCCUCUCGUUUCCUUGUGAUCUUUCCCUGAGUGUUUGAUUAACCACACCUGCCCCAUGUCGUUAUCCCUCGUUUGUCUUCCCUUUAUAUACCCUCAUGUUUCUUUGUCCUGUGCUCGUAUAUUGCAUUGUGUUUGUGUUCAUGUUCGUGCUCUCACCCGUGUUCCUGUUCGUGGUUUGUGAGUUUUGUGCCUUGUAUUAUUUAAGACGUUUGGUCGUGUCCUUUAGUUUAGUUUAUUGUUCUUGUUUUCAUUUUGCCCCCCCGUGGGAAGUCUUUUGUUUUAUAUUUCUUUGUUCUGUUUUCCCCCAUUGUGGGUGUUUUUGUUCUGUUUUUGUUUUUUGUAUAAUAAAUAUAUCUGUUAACCCCUUCACUGCCUGCCUGCGCUUGGGUUCUUCAUCAGUGUCAGCGCGAACUAUCCGUCGACAUUUAAAUGAAAUGAAACGCUAUGGCAGGAGACCCAGGGGGACCCCACUGCUGACACAGAGACAUAAAAAAGCAAGAUUACAGUUUGCCAAAAUGUACUUGAGUAAACCAAAAUCCUUCUGGGAAAACGUCUUGCGGACAGAUGAGACCAAGAUGGAGCUUUUUGGUAAAGCACAUCAUUCUACUGUUUACCGAAAACGGAAUGAGGCCUACAAAGAAAAGAACACAGUACCUACAGUCAAAUAUGGUGGAGGUUCAAAGAUGUUUUGGGGUUGUUUUGCUGCCUCUGGCACUGGGUGCCUUGACUGUGUGCAAGGCAUCAUGAAAUCUGGGGAUUACCAAAGAAUAUUGGGUCGCAAUGUAGGGCCCAGUGUCAGAAAGCUGGGUUUGCGUCCGAGAUCGUUGGUCUUCCAGCAGGACAAUGACCCCAAACAUACUUCAAAAAGCACCCAGAAAUGGAUGGCAACAAAGCGCUGGAGAGUUCUGAAGUGGCCAGCAAUGAGUCCAGAUCUAAAUCCCAUUGAACACCUGUCGAGAGAUCUUAAAAUUGCUGUUGGGAAAAGGCGCCCUUCCAAUAUGAGAGACCUGGAGCAGUUUGCAAAGGAAGAGUGGUCCAAAAUUCCGGGUGAGAGGUGUAAGAAGUUUAUUGAUGGUUAUAGGAAGCGAUUGAUUUCAGUUAUUUUUUCCAAAGGGUGUGCAACCAAAUAUUAAGUUAAGGGUGCCAAUAAUUUUGUCCAGGCCAUUUUUGGAGUUUUGUGUGACAUUAUGUAAAAUUUGCUUUUUUCCCUCCUUUUUUUUGUUUUGUUCCAAUACACACAAAGGGAAUAAACAUGUGUAUAGCAAAACAUGUGUUAAUGCAAUACUUUUCUGUGAGAAAUACUUGAUUUUCUGGAAAAAUUUCAGGGUGCCAACAAUUUUGGCCAUGACUGUAUAUUUAGUAGUACACAUUUUAGGAUGUGGCUAACCAUCACCUUACUUCACCCCAAACCCUAAAAUCACAGCCUCAAAGGCAAAUUUAGCUAAAAACGCGAGUUUCACAAGGUGGCAAAACAACGACAAAUGGCUCCCCUAACCCCGCCCCUAAACCUAACGUCACAGGGGAAAAGUCAAAUCAUAAGAAAACAUACCAAUGAGAUAGUAGGAAAUGGGAUCAUCAGAUCGCGUGAAAGAUAUCGCAUAUAAAAUACGUUAGAUUGAAAGUCGUGCUGGGUGACACGAAAAAAAGUCGUUCUGACUGACACGAAAAAAGGGGGAAAUUCGUAUGCGCGUGAAACUAAAAUCCCAAUGUUUUCCUUUCAGAUUUGAGAUUUUGUGGCUGACGUUAUGCCAGUUACACAAUUCCAUAGAAAUAGAGUAUCUCCCCACAUACACCCCAUCAGAGGAAGAGAAGAAAGAUCCUGCGUUGUUUGCCAGUAAUGUGAGGCGGAUCAUGGCCAAGUGAGUCAUCUUAUUUUUAAAGUGACAGGACACCUGCCCUUCAAAAAAGAGAAAUGUGCUGGUAAUUUUCGGCAAGUAAAUUUCUGUUAACAAUAAAAUGCACUGCAGCUCUAAAAAUUAGUAUGGAAAAUUCCUUCCCCACCCAAAAAUGUCAUUUACUUACCCUUAAGUUGUUCCAAAUCGUUGUACAUUUCUAUGUUUUGUUGAACAGAGAAAUAUAUUUGAAAGAAUGUUCGCAAUUUUCAUUUCUGGGACAUCAUUCACUACCAUAGUAGAAAUUUUUGUUUUUCUGGUGAACACAAAAUGAGAUAUUUUGAAGAAUUUCGGAAAGCAAACCGUUCUGGUGCACCCUUAAGUACCAUUUGAAUGUUUCCUACUAAGGUAGUGAAUGACGUCCCAGAACUGAAAAUUGCAAACAUUCUUCCAAAUAUAUUCCUCCGUGUUCGCCGGAACAAAGUAAUUUAUACAGGUUUGGAUCAACUUGAUCAUGACAGAAUUUUCAUUUUUGGGUGAACUAUCCCUUUAAGACGGCACAUGCCCUGUUUUUACAGAUAUUUGAACAGUGUGUAGUAUUUAUUCACUUCAUCAUCAUCAUAUUAUUUCAUUUCAAUUUGCUGACAUGACUUUGCAGAAUUACUACAUUCGGUUAACUCAUGUAUAGGCAAGCAACAAAAACACACCUUACUUUCAGUCAAACCGGUCUCUCCUUACAAGAAUGUCAUCAGGAAUGCAUUACUGUUGAUUUACCUAAAAAAUAAUACUUUGUUAUCAGCAAUAAACAUUAGGGAUGCACCGAUACCGGUAUCGGCCCGAUACCAAGCUCAUGUACUCGUAAUGACACACAGAUACCAAAGACCGAUACCUCACGUGACAUACAUAGAGCCCUAUGAUUUCCGCAAUGCGGAAAACGCGGACGGAAUAGAGGAAUCCAGGCAUAAAAACAGAAUUUGCUGUACAACACGGAAUGACACGGAAUCUGGCAAAUGUAUUAUUUCCUAACAAGAAAUUAGCGCUUAACCGCUAACAGCUAACGAAAUAUUCAGAUACUGUUUAAAUAUGUACAGGUGCUGGUCAUAUAAUUAGAAUAUCAUCAAAAAGUUGAUUUAUUUCACUAAUUCCAUUCAAAAAGUGAAACUUGUAUAUUAUAUUCAUUCAUUACACACAGACUGAUAUAUUUCAAAUGUUUAUUUCAUUUAAUUUGAUGAUUAUAACUGACAACUAAUGAAAAUCCCAAAUUCAGUAUCUCAGAAAAUUAGAAUAUUACUUAAGACCAAUACAA